AUGGCAUUGCAAGGUGUAGAGCAGACGAUCCUUAGGGAUCCCGCUCUAUUCUACUGGAUCUUGAUUCCCAUUACUGUUGUCAUGAUUUUGACUGGUAUGCUACGCCACUAUGCUACAGUUUUGAUGAACUCCCCCCCAAAGCCUGCCUCAACCCUGGCCGAGUCCCGCGAACGUCUCACCCUUUUCCGCGCCGUCAAUUUACGUAACCACGCCUCUGCCGUACUGUCGAAAGAGGCCUUCGAAAUGCGGAAAAAUUACCUCGUUACUGGCUUCCAGAAUGGCGAGUUUCUCAAGGACCCCGAGAACCGUGGACAACCCCCCGCCAAUCCCAUGUCAGAUCCUGCCGCUAUGGAGGGCAUGAUGGGCAUGAUGAAAGGGAAUAUGAUGAUGAUGAUCCCCCAGACCCUGAUAAUGAGUUGGAUCAAUGCGUUCUUCUCAGGAUUUGUUAUCUUGAAACUUCCAUUUCCUCUCACAGUUCGCUUCAAGUCGAUGUUGCAAUCCGGUGUCAUGACUCGUGACUUGGAUGUGAGAUGGGUGUCGAGUUUAUCAUGGUACUUCCUGAAUUUGUUCGGUCUGCAAUCUGUUUUCGGAUUUAUUCUGGGCAGUGAUAAUGCUGCCAACCAAAUGGCUCAGCAGAUGGGUCAAAUGAACCCCGCUGCUCAAGCAAACCCUUUUCAGCCUGGACAAGAUCCACAUAAAUUGUAUGUGAACGAAGCAGAGAACCUGGAGGUAGUGGAACAUUUCUGUAUUCUCGACGGCAUUGAGGAGAGAGUUCUGCGCAAGUAUGGUGCUGCUUAA